AUGAUCACUUCAAUUAGCUGCCAUGCCAUUCUGCUGUGGUGCGGCAGCUUCCUUCUAUUUUCUAGCUUUUUCACCCCCACAAUUAAUGCAAACGAGACAGACCGUCUAGCCUUGCUAGCCAUAAAGACACAGCUUCAGGAUCAACGAGGAGUCACAAGCUCUUGGAACAAUUCUGUAAAAUUAUGCCAGUGGAGAGGCAUAACAUGUGGCCGACGGCACCAAAGGGUCACUGUGUUGGACCUAAGUUACCAAAGCAUAAGAGGUCGCUUGUCACCUUAUAUAGGGAAUCUCAGCUUCCUGAGAUCCAUAUACCUUGACGGCAACAGCUUAUAUGGAGAAAUUCCUCAGGAAAUUGGUCGUCUGUCCAGGCUUCAAAUUCUAGUACUGGCCAACAAUUCCUUCUCGUUUAACAUACCAUCAAAUUUGUCUCGUUGCUCUAAGCUCACGGACUUUGUUGCCGAUUACAACCACCUUGUAGGAUUAAUCCCACCAGAGUUCGGCUACUUGUUGAAGCUGGAGAGACUUCACAUCCUUAACAAUCAUCUGACAGGAGAACUCCCAGCUUCCAUUGGAAAUCUUUCAGCUCUGCAAAGAAUUGAUUUACAAGAGAAUAAUCUGAAAGGACGGAUUCCUGACAGCCUAGGGCGACUAAGAAAAUUGUAUUAUCUCAGCGUGCAUAGUAAUAAUUACUCUGGUAUGGUUCCUCCUUCAAUUUAUAACAUCUCUUCCCUUGAGUCACUUUCUUUAUCGAGAAAUGCUUUCACUGGAAAUAUACCCCUUAACAUCGGUUUCACUUUACCCAAUCUGAAAGUAUUUCGGAAUUAUGAUAACAAUUUUACUGGUCCUCUCCCAGAUUCGUUUUCCAAUGCUUUAAAACUGGUAGAGUUUGACGUUGCUGAAAACAGUUUCAUUGGUAAACUGUCGAUUGAUUUUAGUGCCUUUAAGAAUCUGAGUUGGUUACAGGUGGCGACAAAUCUUUUGGGAACUGGGGAAGCCAAUGAUCUUGAGUUUUUAACUUCUCUAACAAACUGCAGCAAAUUAGAACUGCUUGCUUUUUAUCAGAAUCAAUUUGGAGGAGUGCUGCCAAGUUCUAUAGCCAACCUCUCAACAACAUUGACAUUCCUUGUGUUUACAGAGAAUCAAAUAUCUGGCUCCAUACCUCCAGGAAUAGCUAAUCUUUUCAGACUAGAUAGAAUAGCUAUGGACGUUAACCAAUUAUCAGGCACUAUUCCACAUGGUGUUAGUCAGCUUAAAAAGUUACAAAUACUCUACCUGAAUGAUAACAAUUUACAAGGGAGCAUUCCCACCUCUCUAGGAAAUCUUACACUACUAUACCAUCUUGAUUUGGGAUCGAAUUUUUUGCAUGGCAAUAUACCCUCCUCCCUUGGCAAUUGUCAGAAUUUGAUUAUGUUGUCUGUCUCCAGCAAUAAAUUCACUGGUUCCGUGCCUCAAGAAAUUCUUGGCAUAACAACCCUGUCAACUUACUUGGGCCUCUAUGAUAAUCUUCUCAGCGGCCCUUUUCCUUCAGAAGUUGGCAACUUGAAGAAUCUUGUUUUCUUGAAUGUAUCUAAAAACAAUUUUUCUGGCAAGAUUCCGGAUAGUAUAGGAGGUUGUACAAGCUUGGAAUCUCUUUCUAUGAAAGACAAUUCUUUCAACGGAAACAUUCCUUUUUCUAUGAUUUCUUUGAGAAGCAUUAAAAAGUUAGAUCUCUCUAGCAACAAUCUGUCAGGCCAGAUUCCAAAAUUUCUGGAGAAUCUUUCUUUUUUGGAGUACUUAAACUUGUCCGUUAAUCAGUUUGAGGGUGAGGUACCAACUAAAGGAAUUUUCAGCAACACAACAGAAUUUUCAAUAACUGGCAAUGAGAAGCUUUGUGGGGGUUUAGAUGAACUGCAUUUGCCAUCAUGCCAAUCCAAAGGAUCAAAGAAACUGAAAAUCACUCUUCUCAAAGUGUUGAUUCCAGUUAUUGGUUCAUGUUUGAUCGUAUCAGCAUGCUUCAUUCUUGUUCUUACACGAAAAAGGAAAUCUGGAAAUCUGUCACAAAUGGAAGAACAAUACCCAAGGGUUUCUUACGCAGAGCUCAGUAAAGCAACUAAUGAAUUUUCUUCAUCAAAUAUGAUAGGACGGGGAAGCUAUGGUACUGUGUACAAGGGAAUUCUGAGGGAGAUGGGAAUGUUAGUUGCGGUUAAGGUGCAAUCUUAUGCAAAAAGGGGCUUAGACUAA